AAUUAACCUGAAAAUUGUUACUUUAGUUAAUUAUGAAGAAAAUAUCCAACCAUAUAUUGGUUCUUUGUUAUAUUGGAGCUUUGUCCUAUGAUAUUUAUAUACGACAUUGAAGCAUUUGGAGCAGGUAAAGGAGUUCACUACAUGUGAGAGCAGCAUCUAUACGUUGAUGGGGAAGAUUCACAAGAGGCUUAAUAUGCAUGCUAAGGCCAUGUUCUACUUUGGUAUUGCAUUGGACCUGAAGCCUCCAGCAGCUGAUGUUUUGCUGCUAUCAAGAAACAACCCACAAAAAAAAAUAUUGGCAUCACAGCAGAGCCCUUCGUCUUCCUCUUCAAAAAAACCAAAGUUCUCAGUCUACCAAAACCAUAAGUUCUCCGUUGCUCUGACCGCCUGCAGCCUCCAGCCCUCCACCUCCGCCCUCCUCUUCUCCUCCGCCGCUGCCGUAAUCGCCGGUUUCUCUCUCCACCUUCUAAGCUCCAGGGAGAAGCAGUUGGUCUACAACUUGACCCAAAUUCAUGUUCCUCUCUCUACAGCUUUUUUAAUCUCCAAAUGCUUGCAAGGUUUGAUCACGUUGCUGCUUGUGCUGUCACUAUCGGCUCUGAUUUGAGCUUUAUCGCUGCGUAAAACGAAGAAGGCACUGGCUAUUGCUGCAUCCAUUACGAAGAAACCCGUGGAAAAGGAUAAUCUUUUAACUCAACGGCAACUUGGAUUACUUGGGCUGAACCCAAAAGCAACUGAAAAUGCUGAGGCUGAGCAAUCGAAGAAACCACCCAAAUCAAAACCCAUUACUCCUCAGCGAACCUCGGAGACUCUGGUUCCGAUUCGAAAACCGGGUUUCGGGUCUACCCCUUCUCGCCAGUCAAGAAUUGGGUUGGAUUACCAGAGCUCCAAUAGUGCUAAGAAAACCCCAAUAUCACCAGUUUCAACUUCUCCUACUCGGGCUUCUCCGUGGUCGAGGCAGAGCUCAGGCAGUGCAAAGGGGAUACUAACGUAAGAAAUGUUAGAACAAUACUUAGCUGAUGUCGAUGAGAAGUUCACUGAAUCAGCAACUAAGUCUGUGAUCACAACACCUCAAUCAACCAUUAGGGGCUUUGGCAUUGCUAGCCCUGGAUCGGUUGGCAGCUCAGCUACUGCUUCAGGCACAGCUCGAAGCACUCCAUUGAGGCCUGUGAGAAUGUCCCCUGGUUCCCAUCAGAAGUAUACCACGCCACCGAAGAAAGGAGAAGGAGACCUUCCUUCUCCAAUGUCAAUGGAACAAGCAGUUGAGGCUUUUGAGAAUUUGGGUGUGUAUCCUCAGAUUAGACAGUGGGAGGAUAGAAUUAGACAGUGGUUUUCUUCGGUUCUGAUGAACCCGCUACUUGAUAAGAUUGAAACAAGCCAUAUUCAGGUUAUGCAAGCUGCGGCUGCUAUUGGAAUAUCGAUAACUGUUACUCAAGUUGGAAGUGACCCAGUGAGCAUAACAGCUCCUGUUAAUGUCUCCCCGAUCGAUGGAGCUAAAGAGUGGCAACCGGCAGUCACGGUGGAUGAAGAUGGGCUUCUUCAUCAAUUACGUGCUACACUUGUUCAAACACGUGAUGGAUCAAUGUCACAAUUACUUCUAGCUGGUCAGCAACAAAUACAGCAAAAUCACCCUUUCUACAAUUAGCAAUUAUUUUUUAGU